GGUCGGACGGUGUUUCACUGACAACCGUCCGGAACUGACAUCACAUAACUGCAAUAAUAUUUGUCUUUAUAAUACUGCGAUUUAAUACACAUCUUAUGUAUCAAAACUGCCAUUAAAAAUGCAUCAUGGUCUCCGUAUUAGUUAGCUAGCUCUCCAGAUACUGCUUCAAGCAAGGAUUUCUUUAACUCCAUCCGGUGUUUUAACCUCAUAUAUGCAUUAUCAUUAUUACUUUACUGUACCUCUGGUGUAUAUGAAUAGUGAUAAUCCACCAUUAGUUAAAACAAGAACACGUUGAAGAUGUCGGUAGAGCUUGAUGUGUUUGUGGGGAACACCACUAUCAUGGAUGAAGAGGUCUAUCAGUUUUGGCUGGAUGGUUAUACAGUGAAUGAUGCCGUGAAGGUGCGGAUGGAAGGAGGAGUGCUGGAGGAAUAUGAGGCGAGCACCGACGUGCUGCUCAGUGACACCAUGGACCAGUUCCGCACCUUCCAGAUGUGCGAGCGGCUCCUGCACACGCCUGCCAAGCUGGCCAAUCAGCUUCUCUUUCAGAUCCCGCCCCAUCGGCAAACCAUGCUGAUCGAGAGGUACUACGCCUUCGACGACACAUUUGUGCGUGAGGUGCUGGGAAAAAAGCUCUCGAAAGGAACCAAGAAAGACCUGGACGAUAUUAGUGCGAAGACUGGGAUCACACUCAAAAGCUGUAGGCGUCAGUUCGAUAAUUUCAAGCGUGUGUUUAAAGUCGUCGAAGAGCUCAAAGGCCCCCUGGUGGAGAACAUUCAGCAGCACUUUCUUCUGUCGGACAAGCUGGCCAGAGACUACGCCGCCAUCGUGUUCUUUGCGAAUAACCGCUUUGAGACGGGGAAGCGGAAGCUGCAGUAUCUUUCUUUCCAGGACUUUGCCUUCUGUGCUGGGCAGCUCAUCAAUAACUGGACAGUGGGGGCAGUAGAUAACAUGGUGGAGGAUAUGGAUGUGGACUUGGAUAAAGAGUUCUUGCAAGAUCUGAAAGAUCUGAAGAUUUUAAUUAAUGAUAAGGACUUGCUUGAUCAACACAAGAGCCUUGUCUGCACCGCUCUCAGGGGAAAAACGAAAGUGUUCAACGAGAUGGAGGCAAACUUCAAGACCCUUUCCAGAGCCUUGGUGAACAUUGCUGCCAAACUAACGAACACUAAAGAUGUCAGAGACCUGUUUAUUGACCUUGUGGAGAAGUUCAUCGAGCCCUGCCGCUCGGACCGGUGGGCGUCCGCAGACGUCAGGCUCUUCCUCACUCACUACUCCAACUCGGCUCGCACCCUCGACACCUUCAGGCACCAGGUAACGUGGGACAGAUACAUGGAUGUCAUCAAGAGCUGCAUCCUGAAGAUGUACCACGACUAGUUUCACUUCUGCUCAUCCUACGUUCUCUCGCUUAAUAAUGUAUAAAGUCCUCAGCUGAUAUCUAGCCUGAUCUCUUUUCCUCCGCUUCUGUAGUUUCCUUAAUCUCCCCCUUUUAUUUAAUUUUGCCCCAAAUUUUGAUCCUCAUAACCCACCAAUCACACGUUGUCUGCUUCUUCGGCUCCGCCCUCCUUCGAUUUCUAUCCAAUUAGCUCCAUGUGCUUGUAAAUACACGCCCACUAUCCCCACUGUAAACUGUGACCUACCUGAAUAAAAGCGUUUGAAGCGGC